CUAUUUAAAGUUCCAUUGUAAACAGCACUUCGAUACAAUCUGCAAUUACCAGUCGGUUAAACGUGUUGCAAAUUUUUGCUCGUCCACUAUUCACAAACUAAAUCAAACAAAAAUGGCUUUUGCUGCUAAAAUGAUCUUCUUCAUCGCCAUGACCGUAGCCCUGUUCUCCUCGAUUCACUGCGACAUCCCAGUAGCUGUAGCAGCUCCAGCUGUUGUAGCGCCAUACGCCAGCUCUUACUCUGCUCACAGUAUAAACCAUGCGAUCGCUCCGGCAGCUCCAGUAGUAGCAGCUUACAGCGCCGGAGUACCUGCCGCGUACUCCGCGUACUCAGGUUUACCAUACCCCUAUGCCGCCUAUGGAGCUUACCCUUACUAUUUUUAAAAGUUUGAAUUUGAUUACCAUAUACCUAAUAGUAUACUUUUAUACGUAAUUGCGUGUGAUUAAUUUGUAUAAUCAAAGUUGAAAAUAAUAUAUUCGUUAAUUUUCAUGCUUAUUA